AUGAGUAAGAAUAUUCAAGAGCUGAGGGUAGCGCUGGAAAGGCAAACCAAAGAGACCUUGAAACUGCAGGAAGAAGUAACCAGGUACUCGGGGGACUCUUUCGGACGUCGAGAAGGGGCUUCUAUAAGCAAUGUGAUAAAUUCAAAUACUUCUACUCCGUCCGUGGGCAGCCCAAAGUGUCGGAGUUCCAGUGGUCACAGCACAGUGCUGAAUACCACCUCCUGCGCCAUCACUCCCGGCAGCCCACCCAAGCUCCCGUCCUCUAAACACGGAGAAUUUGGGAGCCCCAGGAGGGGCAGUAACUCUGGGAAAGAGCACGUUGAGAACAUCUUGGAAGAAUAUUCUCAGCAAGUCAGAGAUCUGCAGAAGAAGCUGAGUGAUGCUACAGAGCGACACGAGCAACAGAAGUUCACUUUAAGGCAGACAGUCAUUGAGUUGCAGACAAGCCUUCGGGAGGUGCAGAGGGAGAAAGACUCCAUUUCUGACUUCAGGCGAAGAGAAUCCCAAACCUCCGAGGAUGUCUGUGCCCAGCUACGGGCUACGAUCAAAGAGCUGGAAACCGCCAAUCAGCUUCAGGAGGAGAUGCUGAAGGAAGCCAGUAACCAAGCAGAGCAUCUGAAGACGAUGGUGCAGGCCCACGAGGAUGUGCUCCAGGAGCUCCGGAACAUCCUGGUGGAUUAUGAACAGAACUCUGGCAAGAAGACAUACGAACACGAGAGCCUCUCCAAUCUCCAUGUCCGCAACCUGCCAACGGCUGUUAAUAAAAUUCUACGCGACCUCGAGGCAGAGGUGAUGCACGCCAAAGCGAAGAUUGCCCCACUGGAAGAACAGCUGGAAGUGAUGAAGAAAGAGUCGGAGUCCAAAACUCAAACUCUGCUGCAGCAGCAUCAGGAGAGCAUUGAAAGAUUGAUAAGCGAACACGAAAUGGAGCUGGAGACACUGAAUGAAAAAGCGAAUAAUUCCAUCAGUCACGCUUCCAAUAUCCAAAGCCAGAUGGAAAUCAUUCAUGAACAAGCAAGGAACCAGAGUUCAGUGUACAUGCGGCAGAUUGGUCAGCUGGAAGACACCGUUUCUCAGCUGCGUUCUGAGCUCCGAGAAUCAAGGAGGAAUUCUGAAGACAAGGUGAGUGCAAAAAUGCAGAUUGAAGACCUGGAAAAGCAGCUGCUUCUGGCUCAUUCCGAGAUGUCCGAGGCUCAAAGCGAAAGAGACCAAUUCAACCAAGAAACUGGAAAUCUGGACGGCCAGGUUCAGCAAUUGAUGGCUGAGCUGCACAAGAAAGAUACGGAGCUGAAGUUGGAAAAGGAGCAAAAUAAGCGGCUCUGGGAUCGGGACACUGGCAGCAACAUCACCAUCGACCACCUGCGGAGAGAGCUGGACAGCAAGAACAUGGAGCUGCAGCGCAUGGAUUCCAUAGUCAACUCUGUGAAGAUGGAGUAUCAGGACCAAGCGGAACGCCAGAUGUCCGCGAUGAGAGAGAAGAACGAAAGCCUGGAGAAGGUGGCCAGCGUGAUCGCCCAGCAAGAGUCCACCAAAGAAAUGCUCCGCAGGGUCGUCGAGGAGCUGACGGAGAAGAAGAUCAGCCUGGAGUCCGCGGAUAGGCAAGUGGCCGAGCUGACGGCAUGCCUGCAGGAGAAGGAGAGGGUGAUCGAGCUGACCAACGACGAGAUCCACAAGCUUCGAGGACGGGUGGACAGCAAACUGCAGGAGCUCCAGCAGCUGAAGAACGAGGGCGACCACCUGCGGGGCCUGCAGUCUGACUGCGAGGCCCUGACGCUGCAGGUGAAAGAGAAGGAGAAGGUGAUCGAGAUCCUGCGGAAGCAGAUCGACAACAUGACCCAGAUCGUGGGCCAGCACGGCCGGACGGCGGGCGCCAUGGAGAUGGAGAAGUCCCACCUUUUGAGAGAAAUCAACGACAAGAAACAGGAGCUCCAAGACCUUAAGGUUUCUCAGGACAAGAAAGACAGCCGGAUUCGUGAACUGGAGGCCAGCGUGAGCGAGAUGGAGCUGGACAGGGUUAAACUGGUAAACUUGAACGCCGAGCGGCUUCGAAGCAUGAAAGAGCUAAUGUUGGAACGAGACGAACUGGUGACUGAAGUCAAAUCCAGUCAACUUGAGCUUGCUUCGCUUGCGGAUCAGUCGGAUGCUGUAAGGAACGAAUACCGAAUAAAAAGCGAAGAGCUGGAAGCCACUGUGAGCAAGCUGAAAGUGCAACUCAAAUCCGCUCAGAUUGAACUAGAGCAAACCAGAACCACCGUAAAGACGAUGGAAGGGUCUGAUGGCCAUGCCAUGAAGGUUGCCAUGGGGAUGCAGAAGCAAAUCACAGCCAAGCGAGGACAGAUAGACGCUUUGCAGAGCAAGAUCAAGUUCUUGGAGGAGGCCAUGACCAAUGCGACCAAGGAGAAACAUUACCUGAAAGAAGAGAGGAACAAGUUGAGCCAGGAGCUGAGCUCGGUGGCUUCUUUAAACAACAAAAUGAUGGGGGAGCUGGAGAUUCUGCGGUCCCAAGACAAACGGAUGAAAGAGAAACUGGCUACCAUGGAGGCAGCCCUUGAAAAGGCGUCUAUGCAGUUUGCAGAGUGUCAGUGCAUCAUGCAGCGGCAGGAGCAGGAAGUGAUGCGCUACAAACUUCAGCACGCUUUGGACGUAAAAGAGCUGCAGGGGCCUGGCUAUACCAUGUCCUCCUCUUCCAUGAAGACGCGCCAUCCAGUUCUGCCUCACUCCCACCCACCCAGCGCUCCGUCCUCCCAAGCCUUUGCCGGCCACAUGACUCUUAUGUUGUCCAGGGACAACUCGGUGAAGGAGGACCCGUUGCACGAUUUAAAGCACCUCCUCCAAGAAUUGCGGAGUACAAUCGACGAAAUCCCCGCUGCGAUACUCCCCGGGAGAGAAAGCGACAGCGAGAGCGACUCGCAGAUGGAAACCGCGAGCAAUACUCUAGACUUUACCAGCAAGGAAUGUAUUAGGAAAAGACCAGAUGACUCUUACAGCAGGGACCUCCCGAGCAGAGAUUUGCCUACUGACGUCUCCAUGGGGCAAGAUACUUUCAGCAGGGAACCUUUAUUGUUGCAUACUGCAGACCUUGAGGAUCCAGACACUACGCCCCGUUUCCCAUCCAGUGUGUCUCAUACGAUCUUCACUUCCACUCCUCGAUAUACCACCGCAAAGAGACUGUCUCCGGAGGAGCGGUUCAAAGCGAGGUCCCCGGUGCACACGUUGCUCACUACUCCGCAGGAUGACCUCAAGGCAGUUCCCGGUCCCUCUUUGGAACAUCGUUCAGCUCUGAAGAAGAGCAGCUCCCCAGAAGCCUCAACUGCCUUUAGAACCAUGCAGACGGGGGAACUCAGUGGAAGCACGUGCCGGAAAGUACAGAACAAAAUGGAGAGCCUGCAAAACCUGGUGGAGACGCUACAGAUUAAAAACCAAGCAAUGUCUUCAAUGAUCAGAAGCCAGGAGAAGAAGAUCGAGAAAGCCAAGGAGAAAGGGAAGAAGCUGACCAAAUGA